AUGUUUGUUGUUGGGUCCAGUUACAAGUGGGAAGCAACCUUCUGGGGCAUUGGCGCGAGCGUGCCGGUCUUCGUGUACUUCUACGGGGGCGACGCACAUCCGCCAUACUACCCCCACCGUGUGGCGAACUGGGAGCGGGGCUACACGGAGGACCAGCUGCUGGAUGUGUUCCUGGCGCUGAGCCGGCGCACGGACACCGUGCUAGAGCAGCUCAAGGAGAUUUGGCCGCCCCCGCUAAGGGCUGAAGCUGGGCGCGGCUUCGGGCCGGAGCACGGCCUCGCCUUUCUCCUGGGCGACCACGGGGAGCAGCUGACCGGCAGCGAUCCGCCCCCCCAUGGGAAUUUAGUAUCCAGCGACGUGACCCGCACGAUGCUGGCGCUGGAAGCCCGUGCUUUUGCAAGCCAGGUGCGGCGUCCUGCGCGGCGCUUGGUGCGGCCGGCGGACGUCUACGCCACGGUGGCGCAGCUCUGCAGUCUGCGGCUGCAAGGCGACCUCUUCGUGGGGAAGAGCCUCCUGGGGGAGGAAGGCCACGAAGCGAUCAACUCCUUCUCCUUCUACCGGCCAGGAGACCUCGCGGCGGUGCACUUCCAGUCGGCGGAUCUCAUCUGCAGCGCCGAGUUCCGGAGGCCGAGUUCCGGGUGGGCGCUGCACCAGGUGGACGCCUCGGCUGUGGGCUUCGGGCACGGAAAGGCUUUGGCCUCGCAGGCGCGCAUCGAGUGCGAGCGCGAGGCCUUGCCUUGGCUGCGCAAGGCGCUGCGACAGAGGCAGCAGAUCAAGGAACUCCUCACAGAGUCCAACGUGCACGCGGCAUGGCUGAUGGCAUCGAUGAAGUUGGCUGCAGCGAAAGCCAAAAGCCUUACGAGCUGGGCGCUGCGCCAACUCUUGCGGCCCUUCUUACCGCCGCCGAAAGCGGCUUCACCCUACGUGCAGGCGGGGUGCGGCGGGUCGUGGCUCUGA